AUGGCUCUGCAGGAGCUGGGAAUCAGUCUGUCCAUGAUGGGAGUUGCCGGGACCAUCCUAAUCUGUGCCCUACCCAUGUGGAAGGUGACAGCAUUCAUCGGCACACAUCUGGUGGUCAUGCAGGUGUUCUGGGAGGGUCUGUGGAUGACUUGUGUCAGUGAAUACACCGGACAGAUGCAGUGUAAACUCUAUGAUGCCCUGCUGGACCUGUCCGCAGACCUCCAGGCAGCCCGUGGCCUCAUCUGCAUCAGCCUUGUGCUAGGAUGUCUUGGAUUCCUCAUCUUCCUCCUGGGAGCACGCUGCACCAACUGCCUGAUCCACCCACGGAUCAAGGCUCGGGUGGUGCUGAGUUCUGGGAUCAUCUUCUGCCUGUCGGCCCUCACCACCAUAGUUGCUGUUUCCUGGACGGCCAACUCCAUCAUCAGUGACUUCCACAACCCGCGUGUCCCUGAGGUGCUGAAGAGAGAGCUUGGCGCAUCCAUUUAUAUAGGCUUUGUGACCUCUGGGCUGCUGUUCUGUGGGGGGGCCAUUCUGUGCACAAGCUGUCCACCACAGAGGACCAGGUUCACCUCCAGCAGGUACACACUGGCCAGGACACACACACACAACAGCUAUGCCAUCAAAAACUAUGUGUGA